AUGUCCGGUCAUGGACGGUCAGUGUUUUUAAACUCUUGCAUUAAGAAGCCUUUGAAUCCAACGAACAGACAUCCUAAUCCGUCAUAUCUUGUGCCGCAGUGCAGUUUAGAUCGUGGCCCGAACGAUCCCCAAUUGCAGGAUAAUAUGAACGCAAUAACUCGCAAGAAAGCCAACAAUAAGUGUCCUUUAGCUCGCACAGGUCACCAGCGUAAAACCAAAUGCUGUUCGAUAACUCAACAGCUUCGAAAAGAAUCGGACAAUUUUCAAUCACUAGCGGAAUUCUACGCUAGUAUUCCGGACUACAAUGACUUGAACCAUUUACCGAAUAAAGAAUUCUACUGCAAAUUAAACACCCUUCGUAGAAAACAAAAGGAGCUUAAAUUCGCAUGCUUGGACGGUUUUGAGCUAUGCAAAAGAACUGCUAAAUCUCCCGCAGGAUUAGCUGAAUCAAGUACCAAUGACUAUAACGAGGAUAAUGAUUCACUUCAUUCCUGGAGUAAGUCACCACCAACAGUGGAAGGGAUUCUAUCCACGGCUCGAAAAAGCGCAUCAAAAUCUGUUCGUAUAGAAUCAACUAAGAACCACGAUGAUAGCGACUCUGAUGGCAGAAAUUCGCGCAGAAAAUUUCGUGCCGGAACACCUUUUGUUUCUGACUACGAGGAUAGCACAAAGAAUAUUUCAUCGAGUACUACACCGAUCAAUUCAAAUUUUGUAGAACGUUACGAUCGCUAUAUCAAACGUAAUAUCCGAAGCAAAUCAGCUUCACCAAUAAGAAAUUACUCAAAUAUUACUAUUCCUCAACCAUACAAAAUGACCCAACGCGAAGAAGAUGAACGAGCUCUACAGGAACUCCUCAUUGCGAGCAAGAAUGCAUUCUCCUCUAAAGAAAGCGUCAAUAAGUUACCUUCAACUCAUAUUAAAGCGAAUCCAGUUCCAAUUACCUCCCGCAUCCCUCUGUUUGACACAAUUAUGGCAGACCAAGAGUAUCGAAAUCGACUUGCAAAGCUCAACUCCGAAAUAGUACUGCAACAGCAGAUGAAGCCGUUCCAUUUUAGUGAGCGUCUGAAUCGUCCAAAUAGUCGUUGCCUCAGCAGAAGCUUGUCCUCUCCAGCAUUGCUGACAACUGGUUUCGAAACAGAUCCUGCAGUCGCCGCAAAAUUCAAAGCCAAACCUUGUCCGAAAAAUCUAUUUAGUAACUAUUUCUACUUUAAGAUGUGGGAGGAUGAAUACUUUCGCAACAUGAACAAGCGGUUACGGGCCGAAGAGCUCAUGAAACAGGCUUCGCUUCCGCCUUCGAUGGCCCGCCGUGAGAGAGCGCUACAAAGUGAGGCGCCGUUGAACAACCGGAAAAGCAAACGAAAGCGAAAGCCAAAACGCAAUACGAAACGGAAGAAAAGCACCGAGGAUAGGGGCACCGGAUAUUUCGCCAAAGUGGGUGCUUCUGACAGUCAUGGAAGAGAAUCGGCCAAGCUCCUAUAUCCAUCGAGCAACUCCAGUUGUAGCAUUAGCACGGAUACAGCUCAUCUCCCCGGUUUGGAUGCAACUCCGAUUUACCCGGUUAACCGACCGAACCUAGCGGCUACACUGCGAACAGAAUGGUGUCGCAAGAAGCUACGUGAAUUGGAUCUGGAAGAAGAUAGCCUCCAGAAAAAGACACCCAAAUUCGAGUGGGGAGUGAAAAAAUCUCAGGCAUUUCAAAACCUGACUUUCGAUACCACUCAUCAGGAAGAGCUCAACUUGCGACUUGCCACACGUCGCGCGGAACAGAAACUUCGCCAAGAAGAGCACGCUAUCAACAUGGAACUAAUGCGUCAGCGUGUGAAAGCGGCCCCUCUGCUGCUCGAAGGUCCCCCUCAGUGGGGUCCCCGUUUGGGCCACGUAGCGCAUCGUUGUUUGACCAGUGGCAGCAGAAGUUCCGAUCCACUGUUUCACAAAUCAACUAAAAAUAGGAGUAUCAAGAAAAUCCCAUCUGAUGGAAGGCGACGAAAUUCAACCAACGACAGCAGGAUAGGAAAUGAGCACCAUCAGAGUCGUUCGAGUGAAAAACAGCGGUUCUCCAGCAGUAGCAAACUAAGCAACUAUUCACUGGAUUCGUUUGGUCAGAACAGUUCCAAGUUUUGCGACAGCGACAUUUUGUGCAAAGUGGACGAUGAACUGGAUAGCUUCACCGGUGAGGUUUGA